AUGCGGCACUACAGUCGACACCCACGCGGUUUAUCGGUCGAGCACAUCAGGUUGAGUGGCACACAAGUAACAAACAACCUGAAAAAGAGGGAAGAGUUGAGCCAGGCAGGCAGGGGAAUCAGACGCCUAUGGACAGAGAGGCUGUGUGAGCAGACCUGUCGCUGUUGCUGCCAUGCCAACAGACCCAAGUGUUUAAAAACAGACCUGGCCCUUUUAAAUGCUGUCCUUCCUCUUGUUGUGAAAAGUCCAAGGAAAGAUGCGAUCGGUGUUCCGAGGCUUGGAUUGAGCCAGUUAGUGGUAGUUGAAGGGAUUGUGGCAGACUGUGUGUGGGUUCUGAAGGGUAAGAAGGAAAACAGUAAGUCGUCUGUGCUUUGUUCACCUCUUUGUUCACCUCUCUUCAUCAGAAGAGGGAACCGAGGGAGUAAAAACCAGGAAAUUGGAAAUGAUUGGGUAGUUUUGUACUUUGUAGAAGCACUUGGCAACCAGUCAGUGAACUGGCCACUACCUGCUCAUGCCCCACCCUCUCAGCUCAUUGUAGCUGCGCCUCAGUGCCAGGGCUGUCUUUGCCAGCGACUGACUUCCUUCCUUUUGCCUUGUAGUGGCUGGAGAACAGCACGGGUUAUUAUCCUACCUGUCAGCAGCAGAGAGGCUGACCCCGGUCCCGCGUGUCUGCGUAGAGCUGCAGAGUCUUCUGGUCUUCCACCCAGAAGAUGCCUUUCAUCAAAACUACCCCCUUUGGAAGCUGGUUCCAGAUGGUGGCUUAGAGUAACGUCAUCUGUCUAGCACCAUUUGAAAUCAGUGUUCUUUGGGUGGGAAGAGUGUUUCACUACAUCAGCGUCAGCUAAUGAAGUGCCUGUCUCAGAAAUAACUGUUGAAUUUAAAAAAAAGGCAUCGAGUCACGCAUCUCAGCCAUGGGUCUACAGCAACAUCCUGAUGUUUUAGGCCCUUUGUCCUCUCCAAGGUUGACCGAUUUCUUCUGGUGUUCAGAGUCCACUUCUGUUUCUAGCACCAUUUGAAAUCGGUUACAGUGAAGGACAAGUCUCGUCUCACAUUGAAGAGAACGUGCGGCUCCAGUGGAAUGCCUGGAAAACAUUUCGACGUUGAGGAUUUUUUUAACCUUUGUUCUGAUCCAAUUUGUGAAGUUUUAAUUCAGGGAAAAGGUUGUUCCUUUUAUCUGAUUGACGUGAGAUUCCCUGACUUUGUCUGCACAAGAUAUAUUAACAUUGAUUUGAUUUUCAGUCACUUAUUUUCUUCACCUGUGUGGUUGAGGUCAUUAGAAGUGAACAUGUGAGCUAUCUGUAUAAAACUUAUUUCAGCCAAUGAAGUUCAUUUGUCACAAACUUUAAAAACGUUUUAUUCCCUAAUGCGCUCACAUACCGUCUUCCUUCUUGUGGUUAUCAUGGGAAUGUCCGUGAGAAUCGUUCCUGUCAGCAUCCUCCCAAACCGCCCCAACGCUGUUCCAUUACCAUCCCUGAACACCAUCCUCUGCUGGAUUGGUGAAGGAUAGACCGGAACCAGCAUCAUAGUCACACACCUCACACAUCCAUGGCUUUGGUCUCAGUUCCAGUUACCACCACAUUCUGUUCAAUAUGUACAGUACACAUCUCAUUUUGUAUUUUAUUGUUAAAACUGUUAUUUUAUUUUCUGUACUCACAGUAAUUAGAUGAUGUGGUUCAGUUUAAAGCUGUAAUUUUGGUUCUUUGUCCAAUUUUUAUUGAUUAAAUCUAACAUGUCUGUUUUGACCGAGAACAAAAAUGAACAUAAUUUCUAAACAAACAAGUCAAAAAUAUUUGUGUAACCAGCUCUUUCUGUUUCUCCUGCCAAGAGUUCAGGCACCCAAAAGCUGACCAAGUGUUUGUUUUUGGCGCGCUGGGAGCGAGAAUGUGUUGAAAAAAUUGGUGUCUCAGAAUAUAGACCUGCAUUUGUCAGGAGCUGAAGUGACCAACAGUCAAGUAUGAAUCUACUGAAUCUGUUUUAAAAAGAAACGUAUGACAAAAGUGGCACCUGCUCAGUAAAACCACCAACAGGGUGAAAAAUAUCAAAAUAUUGUAGCAGAGAUGGGCUACAACUUCUGGAUCCAUUUUAUAUAAAUUGUUUUAUUGAUUAUCGUCUUAUGAAAGAUAACUUUGACGUACACGAGUGACUGGUACUGGCUGCUGUCACCUGUAGUGAUUUGGUUAAAGCAGCUCUCUGCUGUCUGAGGGUAGGCCCCGCCCACAACGCCACGGCUGCUGUGGCUCCCAGUGUUUUCUUUACUGUGGGAAACGGGUAAUAAUGGCUCUUUGAUGGGAACAGGUUGCCGACUCCUGGCUUACAGUCAGGUUUUCGUAGAGCUCAUUCUACUGAAACAGCUCUUCUUAGGGUCUCUAAUGACCUUCUGACUCACAGUGAUGCAGGGGACUGUUCUGUUCUGGUCCUGCUGGACCUGACUGCAGCCUUUGACACUGUUGACCAUCACCUGCUACUGGAGAGGCUGAGAGACUGGGUAGGCCUAUCAGGAUCUGUUCUGGAGUGGUUCUCCUCUAAUCUCUUUGAGCGCUCCUUUUCUGUGGCCAUCUCCAAGUUUAGGUCCUCCACCACCUCCCUUACCCAUGGUGUCCCACAAGGUUCUGUGCUGGGGCCUCUGCUCUUCCUCCUCUAUCUUCUCCCUCUUCAGCACAUCCUGAGCUCCUUCAAAGGAAUCUCCUACCAUCUUUAUGCAGAUGACAUCCAACUGUACAUCUCCUUUAAGCCCCCUGAGAUGUCUAAGCUGCAGCUCUUACACACCUGCUUAGAUUCUAUCAAAACCUGCUGUCAGUGUAAAACAUAGAGCCAAAGAUCCCGUUGGCGACACAGACCCAAAAACACUAUGAAAACUGAGAAAAGUGAGAGAUCGAUUAAAUUGAAAGAUAAACUAUAGAGUAUGUAUAUGUUUAGU